AAGUCCUCACCCCCGUCCCAGCCACUAAACGCCCGGGCCAGCAGUGAUGAAGGUCCACCGAUAUUCAGGUUUAAAGCAGUGAAAACCAGUGUAUUUAUGUCCAAAUCUAGUUAUUUAUUAUAAUCAGGUGACUAUAACUGAAAAUAGAACUUGAAUUUGCACCAAGAAAAAAUAUAAACUAUUAAUUAAGUUAUAAAAGUGUGCUGUGUUUACUUUUUCUUCUUCGCCACUGAUCGCCUCGUUAGCAGCUCGUGUGGUCGGUCACUUUUACUUGACUCUCUUAGCAAGUACUGGGCAUGUACUGGUUGCAGAAUGUAUCUAUUUCUUCACCAGUGUUUGUCAAAUCUGGUUUUUUAUGACCUCACACUCGGUGCCGUCUCAACGACCUUCUGAUAAGACCUAGCUUCACUGCCUGAUUCACUUUCUUCUCACAAUGGUCCAAGAAUUUAACAACAUUUUAGUAGUGAACAGAAAGUUGGAACUCAGAAAUAUGUAUUUUUGGGUUAUAAUCCUGCCAAAAAUUACCCGGAUCUGAAACCUGUUGUCCUAUCAGUGGCUGGUGGUGAUGUUCAUGUGUCGGAAAGAACAUGAACAAAAGCAGCAGUAGCAGCAGUGCCACCGGAAACAUUGUUUGUGAUGACAGUAACAGAAACAAUAGAAAUAACAAUGUUAAGAGAGAACACACAGUAUGUGAGCCCUCAAGUGUACCACCUGUGUGUGAAGCAGGUCGAGGUACAGUCUCAGAAUCUGGUGGUACAACGGCUAAUGUGCCUUCAACCUACCAGGGACACAGUCAUGUAGGGAGUGGAGGAAGCAGCACAGCCAACUCUACCUAUCACCACAGUGGAGGUGGAGCUGGUAGUGGUGAUAAUGGCAUCACAGGUUCAUCUGGUUACCACCACAGUAGCAACAGUGGAGCAAAUGCAGGUGGAGGAGGGAAUGGAUCCGCCAACAUCUCAAGCGGUUAUCAUCAGGCAGAAGUGGGAAGUGGGGGGCCAAGUGUAGGGGGAGGAGGUGGAGUACCAGCUAAUGUUUCUUCAAGCUAUCACCUUCCACAUGGAGGAGGAGGAGGAAUAGUUGCAGGGAAUGGAGGAACUGGAGGACAAGUUAACACAGCACCAAGUUAUUAUUAUGCACCAAUCUUAAACUCACAACAGUCAAUCUUGCGGCCAAUCAUGGCUGCUCAGCCUCCCCUUUACUCCCCACUUCUAGGAUCUCAGCAGCAUUCAUACCCCAUGCCACAUGCAUCACCCUCUGCAGGAUCAUCAUACUUUGCCAACCUGAGUGAAAGCAUGCGUGGUGGUCUAACUGAAAUGCUGCCGGGCUCCUCUGAGAGUGUCUACAAAGAUGUGGGUCAAUCUGGGAGGCAAGGAUCAUCCACAGGACAUGCAAAUAAAUCAUGUGAAGCUCCUGAUACUCGACAGUAUGCCAUGGAGGUGUGCCAGCGCAGACUUCAACAAGAUGGAGGAUACAAUUCUGUGUCGUAUCCUUCAUGUGGAGAAGUGACGAGGCCAGGUCACGGACAUGACCAAAGAACUUUUGAUGACUAUUCUCGAAUGGGAGUGUACAGUGAGGAUGGGGCGGGACGAAGCUGGGACGGAAUGGGAGGAUGUGGAUCGGGAGCUCUGUCGUCUACGUCACGUGCUGCCGUUCCACCGAAUCACAUGUCUCACCCUUACACCUAUUCCUACACAGACUGCCGCCUUGAUGCAGCCUGGAAUAAGUCUGUGGCAGGAAUGGGUGUCAGUGCAAUGAGUGGAGUAAGUGGAGUGAAUGGGGAGGGUUUUGCCCCACAGGAACAGCAGCUGGAUACCCCUCAAGUGAAAACUGUGUCUCGAGGUCCCCCAAGUCACACCCUGACUGUCAACAUGAACAUGGGUAUGGGUACUGUUGAUUCUUCAAUGUCACGCUCACACUAUGAGUAUCAACCAUUACCAGGCACACAGAUCCCACCAUUUCUUUCAUACCUCACUCCGCUGAACUACCAGCAAGUCCCAGACACACGGGUUGAAACUCGCUCCGAUCAUCGAUCAGCCUCCCAUCGCUCAGAACAUCAAGUGUGUAAUGGACAAGUAAACCAAGCCAACACCAGACAAAUUGAGCAUCACCUUGCACCUGCAGAGAAACUUUCGACUCUUCCAUUACCUCCCCCAGCACACCCACCACUCCCUAUACCCCAUCCAGUACCUCCAUCUUCCCAGGCAACACCCUCGUUGACCCAUGCACUACCUCCAACCCAGCCUACAGCCUCAUUAUCCCAUGUGUUAACCACAAGCCAGCCAAGUGUCAGCACCCAUAACAACACCGUCUCCACCACCACCGACCCAGAGUGUCUCAAUCAGACCAAGAUCACCACAGUUGAUCUUAUUCAGGGUUGCAGUCACUCUGGGUACAAGAAAAAAAGUUCAGAAGAUGCAACUAAUGAUUGCCGCCUGUGUGUAGUGUGUGAUGGUAGUGCUACAGUGGCUGACACACAACAAGGGGGAAUUGUAGCUUCUUCAAGUUCAGUUCCUUGUCCCAGUGACACUCUGGCUGUGGCCAAGAGUGACGCCUCAUCUUCAUAUAAGAAGAAGUGUGUAGGAGAUGAACCGCCUGUGGUCAGUGAUAGUGAUGGGGAUGUUUGCCUGAUUUGUGACACAGUGGCCAGCAGCAGUCACCACAGCAACACGGGAAGCACAGAAGUCAACUCGACGGCCGGUCCACAUUCAAUGGACUCUCUUAGUACUGUUGUAUCUAAAGUGAGUGUUGGAGACAAACUAGGAGGACUGAUGGGUGUUGUGCUGCCUCGUCAUCUUCUUCACUCCACUACUAUCUGCAGCAAAUGUGUCCACCUUGUUAAUGAGCUCGACGUACUGGAGCAUCGCUUCUCUCAAAUCAGGAAAUAUCUUGUCACCAAAGUUGAGGCUAAUUGUGAAAAACACGGCAUCAGAGUAACAACGUUUCAAAAAGUACAUCAGCAGCAACAACACCAACUACAACAACAACAACAACAACAACAACAACUACAACAGCAACAACAACAACAACAGCAGCAACAACAACAGCAGCAGCAGCAGCAGCAGCAGCAACAACAACAACAGCAGCAGCAGCAGCAGCAACAACAACAACAACAACAACAACAACAACAACAACAACAACACCAGCACCAGCAACACCAACAACACCAACAACAACAGCACCAACAACAACAGCAAAGCCACCAUCAUCAUCACCACCACCACCACCACCAACAGCUCGUCCAGUAUCAAUCAUCACAGCUCCACCAGCAACACUUACAAAACCAGAUCUUGCAACACCAGCAAGACAGUUCAAAUAAUCAGCACCAUUCCACCCACCAGCUUCAGACUCUUCAGCAACAACAGAUGCCGGCCGUAACCCAACACCUGCACCAUCAACAUCUCCAGCACCAUCAGACACAUCAUUUAUCCCAACAACAACAACAUUCCAUUCCUAUUCAUCACCAUCAGCAAAAGUCUCAACAAUCCAGUCAGGUUAUCAGUCAAUCCAGUCAGGUUAUCAGUCAAUCUGUCAAUCAGCUGGAAGCACAGCACAACCAACAGACACUCGGUAAGCCUUCCAGUAAUGACAAUAACAACAUGGUUUUUGUCGACUGUGAUAUUGACAUAGAAGACUGUGAGUGUAACCUUAUUGUGGAACCUCAAGUAGCAGUAAAAGAGGCCACCACUGAAGGUGAGUUGCAGAGUUGUAAAGAAAUGAAAAAGGACGAAACAAAAGUACCAGUAGUAAACGUUAUUGAUAAAACUCCGGCAGAAUCUCUCGACAUAAACUCCGUUAGCAAUGAAGUAGUACAACAAAAAGAAGAGAUAGAGAUUACAAAUCAGUCGUGUUCUGAAGCUAACAAGACCAAUCAGCUUCAGAGCUCUGACGACCAACAAGUUGACAAGAAUCUUACUGUAGUAGAGACGCCCCUAGAAGACACUACUUGUGGCUCUCCCUUGGUGUCGUCUAGUCUAGUCCGGGACGAACCGAGAAAAGCUGAGGAUGCUACCGAGUAUCACAAACCCACACUAUUGUCCAAAAAUAUUAAGGCUAAGAAACAUGCAAAGUUACAAAUAUGUCGGCAGUGUGAUCAAGUGUUCUCCAACCGUCAGGCUCUGGUGAGGCAUAUUGAGCGCAGACACAAAGCUUAUGCCUUCCACUUCAGUUGUGAUACCUGUCGAAAAAAGUUUAGUUCAGAAAGGGCACUGACUAGACAUGUUCAGCUUCAUAAGACAUACCCCUGCAAACUAUGUGACAACAUUUUCUUCAGAAAGGCCAAACUCAAAAAGCAUCUUGAAGCCCAUACACAGGAGAGUCUAACAUGUAAAAUGUGCUCUAAGGAAUGUUCUUCUCUUCAGGCUCUUAUUUCACAUACUAAGACACAUUCUCAGAAAAAGAAAGCAAGUAAGUGUGAUGUAUGCUCAAAGACAUUUGCCAAUAAUCGAAAUUUACAGGUGCACAUGAGGACUCAUACAGGCGAGAAACCGUUCACGUGUGAUAACUGUAGCCGUAGCUUCAGUCACCGUAGCAAUAUGCAGGCACAUCAUGACACUUGCACUGGUCAGUUUAGCCAUAGUUGUCACUUGUGUGGCCGAGGGUUUGCAUUAGAAUCUGUCUACCGGCGACAUCUGGCUGAGCACAAGGGACACUUUGCUCACCAGUGUUCCAUCUGUGGACGAGGUUUUAGCAAAGCCUCAGGGUUACAGUCCCAUAUACUGACACACAACAGCCAACGUCCAUCAUAUCCAUGUCAGAUUUGUGGACAGAGUUUGUCAACAGCUUCAAGCUUUAACUCCCAUAUGGCUAAUCAUAAUGGUGAGGGAGGGGCUGUGUGUCCUCUCUGUGGAAAAACUCUUGCUAGACGAUCAGACCUUCAAGAUCAUCUCCAUCGCCAUGCAGAAACUAAAUCUCAUACUUGUAGUGUCUGCAACACCUCAUUUUAUUACCGAUCCAAUCUCAACCAUCACGUGCGAACCGUUCAUCGCCUUUUACGCCCUCAUUCAUGUACAUUUUGUGACAGAUCAUUUACGUCAAGUUAUAACUAUAAAUUACACCUUCGAACACACACUGGUGAACGGCCCCAUCAGUGCAAAUCUUGUGGGAAGGCUUUUACCACAAAGGCUAAUUAUAAUCGUCACCUAAAAUGUCAUGUGACACAAGUGAUGGCUCCUCUUAGUGCUGAUACGGAGUGAUGAUCAUUACUGUAUAUGUUAAUUUUAAAUAUUGUUAUUUACUGUUACUCUGGGUUGUGGAGUCAUAGUUUUUCAUCAGACACAUAAAGUAAUUGCUGCCUAAUCUGUGAUGUUAAGUUCCAACAGCCCCAUAGAAUGUAAAUACUGUAUUGCAAACUAUGAAUCACUGGUGCCUCUUUUAAAGAAAGGGGUUUGUUUUCUCCCCAAAUUUAUUACUGUACCUUAAUAUUUAUUUCAUUCCCCAAAGUAAGAUUUUUUUCACUGAUUUCAUUAAACGAAAAUAUUCACUCAAAUAAUUAGUUAUUAAAGGUAAAUUGCUAUUCAUGUUUUUCAAUUUAAAACAAAAUUGUCUUUGCAUUUAUUUUUAGAGGAUAUCCUUUAACUUCAUUAUUUAUUUAUCUCGUGUGUAGGGAGCAAAAUAUUUUAUCAACAGUACUUGCAUGUAAUGUCCCCUUCACUAGUGCGUUUAUAGGAGGCUCCUCGGGUUUUGUGCAGUGUGGCUGCCCUGUUUGUUUACAUACGACAGAAGGAAACUCGCAAUUGUAAACAUACUAUGGAAUCAAACUAAAACACUAUUAAAACAAAUGUCUCAGCGUAAUGGUUUGUGGAAUGUUUGUUCAUAUGAUGAGCCCCUGUAAACACAAAAGUGAAACAGACUGUAAUUCCUCUUAAAUUUUGUUAUAAUGAUUUUUUUUUUAAGAACAACUAUUUUUUUCUCUAGCUGUUUCUUUCUAAUUACUGUAGUUAUAAGAGCAACAAACAUAUGAGAAACCUUACUGAUACUUGAUACAGUGUUUGCGAUGACAAGCCAAUAAAAAAUAUCUCAUUGUUAUUGACAAGUGAAAAGGUGCAAAUGUUCUACUCCCAGUGGUGGAUGGCAAGUCCUUUCAGAUGUGUACAAUAUUGAUACAUUUUACAAGUGUUAAGCUCAGAAUUUUUUAUUGUCUUGUUCAUGGUCUUACUAUGAGAAAGUUCUGUGAUAUUAGAAUUAAUAUUGUGAUGAUCAAAGUUGUCUUUUCAGUGAAUAUUUAUGUUAUGUAUAGAUGUAUAUGCUAGUGGUUUAGAUUGUGAUUAUACAUACCUAUGAAUUAGUUGGUUCUCUAAUGUGCAGCCCAUAUUCCAAUCAGUCUAACCUGCUCCUCCUCUCCAUCACUCUUGCUUUCACCUUUGUUAUUAUCCUAUCCACAAAACUUGAACAACCACAGCAAUGUUACAAGCCUUUUGCAUAAUUUUUCACAGGAGACCAGUCCCCUUUUUCUUAAUUAAAAUUUUUGAGAGUAUUUGUUCAUCUACCCCAGACAUUACUAACAAUUCAUAACUUAUGUUUAUUCAUUUUUGUGUGUAGUUUACUGUAUUUAUUAUUUUUUCACACUUUUUUCAAGUUUUUCCCACAUGGUAUAAUAGGAUGGCCACAACAGAUGAGACACAGACUGGCUUUUACUCCCUCUAUCUGCCUUACUAAAUGUAUACUAUCAUUACCUCCACUCUCUACAGUCACCCACAAAGGUUCCAUAAACCCCGAGAUUCAGACUUCUGAACCUGAAGCAGUAGACGCUGAUGCAUUAUUCUGUCCAUAAAUGCUUCGUAUUCAGGAGGAGAGGCACCAAGAAUUUUAUGGGUGAUUGUACUCACUAUAAAAAGUAUCUUUAUGGAGGGGUCUGAUGAAUUUCAAAAUGAUUACUGUGACUCCUGUUGUUUCGAUAGGGUUGUCAAAAUCCAUUGUCCUUUGUUAUAUUAUCUUACACAAAAUCGUAGAGAUACUUUUUUGGGAGCAUGUGUAUACUGUAUAUCAUGUUGUGGUAUUAAGAAAGAUAUUUGUUUUGUGCAGAAUGUUUACCAGUCACUGAUACACAUUGAUUGUGCAGUUCUUUGCUUCACCAUACAUUGCAGGAUGAAGUUACAGUACAGGUAUCCCCCGAUUUACGAUGACCUGUUUUAAUGUUAAUUAGGUUUUAACACUCUUGCAAUUUAUGUUUGGCAAAUUCCAACUUUACGAUUAUUGUCUGGAGGUUAAACUCGCUGACACAGAAUGUAAACACUGGAGAAGCAUCUCUCUCUUUACUUGACAAAUUCAAGAUGACUGCUGUGUGCAGAAUUGCUUUUCCAUUCUUGUCAUGCUGUCUCGUGGCCACCCAGUGUGCUACAAUCCCGUGCAUUAUUCCAACGUGAUCGCUCCUGCCCUCACUCGUGUAACCGACGUUAUGGUUAUUUGUCGUUGCAUAACCUUGUGAUCACUGUGAUAUUCACCAUUUAUUAAUGAGAGGAAUACAUUAUUGUUCAUAUUUUACUCUGUUUUAGUGACUGUAAAGUGAUUAACUGUUAACUUUGAAAAUGGCUAGCACGCAUCCUGCCAUGUCUCCUGCCUCUGAGAAAGCCAAGACACCAAGGAAGACCGUGUCUCUGGAGACGAAGUUGGAUAUUGUUAAGCGUCAUGAGAAAGAGGUGAAGAACCGAGCUUCUUCUUAUUAAUGUGGUGAGUGUUUAUUUUUUUUUUUUUUGCAUUUAACUAGUUUAGGAAAGCUUUUUCUGUGAUACAUGUCUGUGUCGGACAGGCCAGAAACGUAUCCAUUGAAACCCAUGUUAAAAGGCUCCCAAUUUAUGUUAAUUUGGAUGUACAUUAGAGUUUUCAGGAACGCAACCCUAUCGUAAAUCGGGGAAUACCUGCACAGUAUUUUUCUUUAAGAUAAUUACAUUAAUAUGAGAAAAUACCCACAUUCUUUGACAUCUCAGAGAAUGUUAUGAUGUAGUGGUAAUUUCUAUCUUUAGAGGCUGGUGUAAAUAUUUGCCGAAGGAAAGUCUUGAAUUGUUGGAUUUAUGGAUAAACCUUUAUCAAGACUUGGUGAGGCACAUUGGUAUCACAUUGCUGCAAAUUUCAAAUCCUGUCUAGUCAUGUUUGUUUUGCAUAUACUGUACCCAUUAAAUGACAUUUUAUAACUAAUUGCACAACUGUUGUAAUGGCACCGUACUCUCCUA